AUGCGCGAAUACAGCGAGGAGCUUCUCGAUAUUGUCUCCAACAAUCCGUUCUGUAUCAUCUCCGGAACAACAGGCAGCGGGAAAAGCACUCAGGUCCCUCAAAUUCUUCUGGAGGAAGCGCUUCGUCACGGCCCAGACCAAACGUGUAAUAUCAUUUGCACGGAGCCCCGGCGAGUGGCAGUCACGACUUUAGCCGAGAGAGUAGCCGCUGAAAGAGCGGAAGGUGUUGGGGAUUCCGUGGGAUAUCGAGUGAGCUUCGAUCGAGUCCUUCCCAGGAUGCCGCAGCGGGUCACUUACUGCACGCCGGAAAUCCUAUCACUGCAGAUGCUUCAUUCGAACGAAGACGUCCUCGCAAACUUAACGCACAUCAUUGUUGAUGAGGUGCAUGAGAGAAACGCCCGGACAGACGGACUUCUCUCGCAGCUGAAGCUGGCCUAUGACAAUCGAGUCCGGGCUGGAAAACCUUUUCCAAAAGUCAUCCUGAUGAGCGCUUCACUUGAUGGCGGCCUGAUUGAGGAGUAUUUCAGCUUAAGGACUGCCGAUGGGAAGGUAAAGCGUUGCCCAGUGUUGACGGUCCCUGGAAAAGUGCAUGAGGUGGAAUACAAAGAUCUAGAAGACGUCGACAAAGAGCUGAGCAGCGACACGGUCCUACGAACAGCUCGCACCUUGCUGCGCGACUCGGACUACGAGAAGUUCAUGAAGUUGGAAAAGGCUGUAAAACCACUAGCGUCCAGCCCGUCAAAUAUGCUCAUCGGUUGGAGAAGCGAAUGGGAAAUUGCUCAGGAUCGCGAGGAGGCGAGGGUAUCCUAUGCGUUAGUAGCGGCGACCAUUGCGAAAAUUUGCAAGUCGGACGAGAAGGGUGCGAUCCUUGCAUUUCUUCCGGGCUGGAACGAGAUCAAACGCGUCGAGGAGCUGCUCCAGCGCGGGAAGGUUUUCGGACUCGAUUUCAAAAACACGUCGAAGUUUCGAAUCUCCUUGCUCCACUCGACGAAUCCUGCAGGCAUGGAGGAAGCACUCACCCCCCUCCCCGACACAUGCCGAAAGAUUCUCCUGGCAACCAACAUCGCGGAGACCUCCAUCACAAUUCCCGAUGUUCGAUUCGUCGUGGACAGCGCCAAGCAGCGAACGCCUCGCUACGAUCACGUUCGUAAAUUGUCCGUGUUGGACCGAGAGUGGGUGAGUCGGUCAAGCAUCGUGCAGCGAGCCGGUCGUGCAGGACGUACGCAGCCUGGGACGUAUUAUGGGCUUCUGUCCAAGAAUCGGCACGAGUUAUUGCGAGACACGAUUGCGCAGCCAUCGAUCGAUUCGAGUCACCUACAUCUGGCGUGCUUGCGAGCACGGUCACAGUUUCCGGAGAUGUCGCUCCCCGAGUAUUUCGCCCAGUUAUUGGAGGCUCCCUCACGAGAUGAAGUCGCAGCGGCCGUGAAAGAUCUCCAGAAUAUCGGGGCCAUCGGUCCCGAUCUCACUGUGACGCUGUUCGGUCGACUAUUGGGAGAGUUCCCAACUCAGCCUUCGAUCACUCGGAUGAUCCUCCUGGGGGUGAUGUUCCGCUGCCUUCAGCCUAUGAUCGUUCUAGGUGGAUUCUUGACAACCAACCAGCAGUUCUUCAUGCACCCCGAGACCACCAAAGACAAGCUCCGAGCCGAUGCAAUUCGCGCAAUCUACUCGCAAGGGACGGCGAGCGACCACAUCGCCAGCAUUUCCGCCUUCGACGAGCUCCAAUCCAUCGAGACCAGAGAAGGGCCGGACGCCGCGGUGGAAUGGGCCGAGAAGAGCUUCUUGAACAUCCACGCGUUCAAGAUCGUCCAGAAAUACAUGCUGCAAAUCCAGCGCGUGAUGUGGGACCGGCGCAUCGUUCGUGAUAUCUACUCCGCGGAACACAAUGUCAAUUCCACCGAACUCAGCCUCAUCAAGGCGCUCUUCCUCUCCGGCGUCGCCCCCAAUGUCGGGCUCCGCAGGACGAGCAACCAAUUCUGGACGCGCAGCGGCACGGAGGCACUAUUGCCGAUGGACUCCGCUGCAAGGCCGACGCAUUGGAUCGGGUUGCUGGAGACACGGCGAGGGAUCUCCACUCAGCCAGCAACGGCGGACGGUCCGGAGCAGAUGGACGAGAAGGAGUCUGUGACCGGACAUUGA